AUGAACUAUCAUAUCGAAAUUCGGUUUGACGAUGGAAUCACGUGGAUAGCCCGUAUCCGCAGGUUCAAUACUACAUCCCCUCCUCCAGCACUGCGAGAUUACAUCCUUCAGAGUGAGGUUGCAACUCUCAUGUUUCUAGACAAGACCAGCGUUCCCGCUCCAAAAGUUCACGACUUUGCGCUUGAGCACCCCGACAACCCUGUAGGAGUUGGUUUCAUCUUGAUGGACAAGUUACCUGGCAAAUCUUUGAGAUGGUCCCUUGCAACUCAGCAGCAAAGGAAAAAGGUUAUGGACCAACUAGCGGAUACCUUUAUCGAGCUUCACAAAUACCCUUUUGACCGUCUUGGCUCCCUCGAUAGCCCCGGAGGGUCUAAUGUCGGCGCGUUCGCGCGAGAAUCUCUCACUGAUUUUGCAGAAUCCGAAAUGCGCACCAGCGGGCCCUUUUCUUCUUUACAAGAAUAUCACGUAUCCUCAAUCCAGCUCAUCUUGGAUUUGAUUGUUCGAGAAGAGAUGUACUCGCAACAAGCAGUGGAUGCCUACCUGAUCCACCGAUAUCUCAUAGACUUGGUCCCGCAUGUGCUACCCGCAGUCCAUGAUGACGAGAAAUUCUAUCUGAAGCACGCAGACGAUAAGGGAGAUCAUAUCCUAGUGGAUGAGCAUUUCAAUAUCACUGGAACUAUCGAUUGGGAGUGGGCUCACACUGCGUCACCUGCACAUGCCUUUAACUCUCCCAUUGGCUUUUUACCAGUUUCGGAUUUUUACAGUGGAAGCAACGACCUGGGUGAUGACGAGGUUGUUUUCGCACGCCUACUUGAGGAAAAGGGUCAUCACGAUCUGGCACAUUUUGUUUGGAACGGUCGGUUACAGCAUAGAUUUGCUUUCUGCUGCGGAUAUGAUCUCGCCGACUGGGACGGAUUCCUAGGCCUCUUCCGAGGACUUCGAGAUGCUGUAGGGGUGGAUGAGGGUUUGGAAUGGGAUGAGUGGAAGAUCGUUGCACUGCAACGCUACCAGGACGAUCCUAGGCUCCAGUUGCUAUUGGCUAGACAUUAG